AUGUUGGGUACACAGUCUGCAUUUAUGGGUGGCGUCACAGAGAGGGAGCUUGAUGCCACAGCAACAGUGUUGGCAAACCGACAAGAUGAAAGUGAACAAUCAAGAAAGAAACUUAUUGAACAAAGCCGCGAGUUCAAGAAAAACACUCCAGAGGACCUGCGCAAACAGGUAGCUCCACUACUAAAGAGUUUCCAGGGAGAGAUCGAUGCAUUGGGCAAAAGAAGCAAAGAAGCUGAGGCGGCAUUUCUGAAUGUCUACAAGAGAUUAAUUGAUGUUCCAGAUCCUGUUCCUGCUCUGGAUCUGGGGCAGCAGCUCCAGCUGAAAGUCCAGCGCAUGCACGAUAUUGAAACAGAGAACCAGAAACUUAGGGAAACUCUCGAGGAAUACAACAAAGAAUUUGCAGAAGUAAAAAAUCAAGAGGUGACAAUUAAAGCACUUAAAGAGAAAAUUCGGGAAUAUGAGCAGACGCUGAAGAACCAAGCAGAGAACAUUGCUCUUGAGAAGGAACAGAAAUUGCAAAAUGACUUUGCUGAGAAAGAAAGAAUGUUGCAAGAGACGCAGAUAUCAACGGCCUCGAAACUGGAGGAGGCCGAGCACAAAAUGCAGGCAUUACAAACAGCUUUGGAAAAGACACGAACGGAGUUAUUUGACCUGAAGACAAAAUACGAUGAAGAAACAACAGCAAAGUCUGAUGAAAUCGAGAUGAUCAUGACGGACCUCGAAAGAGCAAACCAGAGGGCAGAGGUGGCUCAAAGAGAAGCCGAGUCGUUGAGGGAGCAGCUCUCGUCUGCUAACAAAUCUCUGCAGCUGGCUACCCAGAUCCAGAAAGCACCCGACGUGGAGCAGGCCAUCGAGGUGUUGACGCGAUCGAGUUUGGAAGUCGAACUGGCCGCCAAAGAGCGCGAGAUUGCUCAGCUGGUUGAAGAUGUCCAGAGACUCCAGGGCAGCCUCACCAAGCUCCGGGAAAACUCCACCAGCCAGAUCUCUCAGCUGGAGCAGCAGCUGACCGCCAAGAACAGCACGCUCAAACAACUGGAAGAAAAACUGAAGGUGCAAGCAGACUAUGAUGAGGUGAAGAAAGAACUAAACAUCUUGAAGUCCAUGGAGUUUGCAGCAUCGGACGGCUCCAGCUCUCAGGAUGCUGCGUCCAAACCACUGGAGGUUCUGCUGCUGGAAAAGAACCGCCUCCUGCAGUCAGAGAAUGCCACGCUGCGGAUCACCAACAGCGACUUGAGUGGGUCAGCCAGGAGAAAAGGGAAAGACCAGCUUGAGAGUCAGCGUCCUGCAACUUUGCCGGCCUCCCCUCCUCCUCAGUUGCCCCGCAAUGCAGGGGAGCAGGCCUCCAAUACUAAUGGUACACACCAGUUCUCACCAACGGGUUUAAGUCAAGACUUUUUCAGCUCAUCCUUGGCAAACUCCGGCUUACCCCUGGCUUCUACAGGAAAAUUUGCACUAAACUCUCUCCUCCAGCGCCAGCUUAUGCAGUCCUUCUACUCCAAGGCAAUGCAGGAAGCGGGAAGCACAAGCAUGAUUUUUUCAGCAGGUCCCUACAGCACAAACUCCAUCUCUUCCCAAAGCCCCUUGCAACAAAGCCCGGACGUCAACGGCAUGGCUCCGUCGCCCAGCCAGUCGGAGGGCACGGGCAGCACCUCCGAAGGCGAGGAGAUCGACACAGCCGAAAUUGCACGCCAGGUCAAAGAGCAGUUGAUCAAGCACAAUAUUGGACAGCGGAUCUUUGGACACUACGUCCUGGGACUCUCCCAAGGCUCGGUGAGCGAGAUCCUGGCGCGGCCCAAGCCGUGGAACAAGCUGACCGUGAGGGGCAAGGAGCCGUUCCAUAAAAUGAAGCAGUUCCUCUCCGACGAGCAGAACAUCUUGGCGCUGCGCAGCAUCCAGGGCAGGCAACGAGAGAAUCCAGGCCAGAACCUGAACAGACUAUUUCAGGAAGUACCGAAACGAAGAAGUGGGUCGGAAGGUAACAUCACCACAAGAAUCCGAGCCACAGAGGCGGGCUCUGAUGAAGCGAUCAAAUCCAUCUUAGAGCAAGCAAAAAGGGAAUUGCAGGUCCAGAAAACAGCUGAGCCGGCUCAGCCCCCUUCCGCCUCAAGCAGCGGCGGGUCUGACGAUGCCAUCCGCUCCAUUCUGCAGCAAGCCCGGCGGGAGAUGGAAGCUCAGCAAGCCGCCCUGGAACCUUCCUUGAAAGCCAGCCCCCUGUCGCAAGCCGAAAUGUCCCUCUUGUCCCCCAAACUGAUCCCCACGCCUGCCAUUUCUUCGGUCUCCAGUUACUCCCCCCUGGCCAUGUCCCUGAAGAAGCACUCCUCCUCCUCGUCCACCUCCUCUGUGGAUGCCAGCGCCCCCUCCCUGCAGGCACUCCCGGGUCUCAAGAAGGAGACCCCGGAAGCCUCCGUCCUCGACCUCCAUGGGAUGUCGGACUCGGCCCAAGGCAUGCUGAGGCAUGUCAAAAAUGAACUGGGGCGCAGCGGCGUGUGGAAGGACCACUGGUGGAACACCGUGCAGCCUGACCGACGGAGCGUGGCUCCUCCUCCGGAGGAGCCCAAAGUGGAGGAGCCCCCCAGUGGGAAGGAGAAAGCCAGCAGCCAGCCCCGUUCCGAGCGCAGCAGCCAGCCGCUCCAGGGGCCUUCCUCUUCUGACUACUGGAAGGAGUGGCCCAACGCAGAGUCUCCUUAUUCCCAGAGUUCUGAGCUGAGUGUGACGGGGGCCAGCCGCAGUGAGACCCCGCAGAACAGCCCCCUUCCUUCCUCCCCCAUCGUCUCCUUAUCAAAGCCAUCGAAACCUUCCGUUCCUCCGCUGACCCCCGAGCAGUAUGAGAUUUAUAUGUACCAGGAAGUGGAUACGAUAGAACUCACCCGUCAGGUCAAAGAGAAGCUAGCAAAGAACGGCAUCUGCCAAAGGAUAUUUGGGGAAAAGGUGCUGGGCCUCUCACAAGGGAGCGUCAGCGACAUGUUGUCCCGGCCAAAGCCAUGGAGCAAGCUGACGCAGAAAGGCCGGGAGCCCUUCAUCCGGAUGCAGCUCUGGCUCAACGGGGAGCUGGGGCAGGGCGUCCUGCCCUCCCAAGGGCAGCCCCAGGGCCAAGUCCUUCACUCUGUGUCAUCGCUGCAAGAUUCCCUCCAGCAGGGAUGCGCAAGCUCAGAAAGCACCCCAAAGACGUCCGCCAGCUGCAGCCCUGCUCCUGAAUCCCCAAUGAGCUCUAGCGAGUCUGUGAAGAGCCUCACCGAGCUGGUCCAGCAGCCCUGUCCUGCCAUCGAGAUGAGUAAAGACAACAAGCUGCAGGACUCGGGCGAGCCGGGCGCGUCGGAUUCCCAGUCCGCCACACCGCUGCCCCUUUCCGGUCACUCCUCCCUCAGCAUUCAAGAGCUGGUCGCGAUGUCUCCAGAACUGGAUACCUAUGGCAUCACCAAGCGGGUGAAAGAGGUCCUCACAGACAACAACCUUGCGUGGCUGACAAGCCUAAAACGCAGCAGAAGAGGCAAGAAAUGUACCCCAAACCUUGCAUUAGGGCAGCGGCUGUUUGGGGAGACCAUCCUGGGGCUGACCCAAGGCUCCGUCUCCGACCUUCUGGCCCGCCCCAAGCCUUGGCACAAGCUGAGCCUGAAGGGCCGGGAGCCGUUUGUCCGCAUGCAGCUCUGGCUCAACGAUCCCAACAACGUGGAGAAGCUGAUGGACAUGAAACGCAUGGAGAAGAAAGCGUACAUGAAACGACGGCACAGUUCAGUCAGCGACAGCCAACCUUCGGAGCUGGCUUCAGCCGGGAUCGAUUACAGCCAGGGGGCCAGCCCACAACCACAGCAUCAGCUGAAGAAGCCACGGGUGGUGCUGGCCCCGGAAGAGAAGGAAGCUCUGAAGCGAGCCUACCAGCAGAAGCCAUACCCAUCACCAAAAACCAUUGAGGAACUCGCCACACAGCUCAACUUGAAGACCAGCACCGUCAUCAACUGGUUCCACAAUUACAGAUCUCGGAUUCGUCGAGAGCUGUUCAUCGAAGAAAUCCAAGCAGGAGGCCAGAGCCAAGCUGGGUCAAGCGACUCUCCUUCCGCUAGAAGCAGCCGGGCAGCGCACAGCUCCGAAGGGGAAAGUUGCGAUGGGGUGGAUGCCGAAGGCCCCCCCGACCUGAAGCCAAGCGGCUUGGAAGGCGACGAGUACAGCAAUGCAACCACGAAGUCUCAGGGAGGGCGAGCAGCGUCCGCUUUCGAAGGGGGCGAAGAGGCACUGCGAGACGCCGGAUCUUCAGAAAAAACGGAGACAUUCCACUCGGGAGCGGAGAGCCGGGAGGAUACGGACGACGAGGGAAGGCUCAAAGCGCCGCGUCAGGGUUCUCCGCUGGGCUCUCAGCAUUCAGGAGAAGUGCUGGAGACCCCGCCAAACUGUGCUCCAGACGAGGAAGCCUCUACCUCAACUGCCUCCACCUCAGUCCUUCCUGGGGAGAGCUCUUGCAAGUCCAAGGACGAAAGUGUGGAGAGGAUUCCCAUUGUGCCAAGUACCAGCUCCACGCCGGCCACCAGCUCUCAGAAAACCAAUUCCCUCGAGAGUCUGUUUGGCUUUCCCGAGGCGGCCUGCUCCAGGAACACCCGGGACAACACGCUGCGGAAAAAGAAGGCCGCAAACUUGAACAGCAUAAUCCACCGCUUGGAGAAGGCCGCAAGUCGAGAGGAGCCGGUGGAGUGGGAGUUUUGAGAUUAAGCCCACCCAACUCUUGAGGAGAGCUGGGGAAGUGAAAACUUGGACCUCUGCUGGUUUUAAUUGAUGUCCCGCACUUACCGCCCUGCAGGCCACGGGGCAAAAAUGCCAUAGGCCAAGGUGCAUAUAGAGAACGAAAGGAGCGUUUCAGCCCAGUUUUAUGUUUGUGUUUUCAAGGAAGAAAACUGAAAAGUGUAGUCCAGCUUUUUGUACCCCGAAGUGUUUCUAUUAAUUGCCCUGAAGUGAUUUCCACAGUUUCUGGGGGGGAAAAAAAACUCAUACAGCUUUUGCCUUCUGCCCUCCUCGUCAGUGUGGGCCUUAAAAGAAAAUAUAUACAAACAAGAAAAAAAAUGAAACCCACAUAUUUAAAAGGGGGGCUUUUUAAUCUGCCAUCUAAUGGCUAAACAGAGUGAUAAUAAUAUGCUAUUAUCUUCUGUAACCAGGAGAGAAAAAAAGAUGGGAGGGGAGAUUUUUUUGAGAAAAAGAAGUUUUUUUGUAGCUGUUCAGUUGCCACUAAGAGAUUGCACAGUCAACCCGACUCUAAACACACUAGUUUGAAUUCCUAAAUAUUUUCAAGAAAAGAAUAUUGUUUGAAACUUGGGAUUUAAAAAAAAACCACACAUUUUCUCCACAUAUUUUUUAAACAAAACAAAAAAAAAGUCACAUCAGGAAAAUAUCUUAAUUUGUGGUAGCUGACUUCAGUGUUUUUCUUGUAAAGUGGAAUAGAAGAUUUGACUUGUAGUGCACAUUGUUUCAUAGCUUUAACCAAUUCUGGUCUCUUUAUGGGCUGGGAUUUGUUUAAUACACUCCAUUUUAGGCCAAAUCAGGACAGAAAAAGAAGAAGAAAAAAUCUGAAAUCUAGGUAUUUUGUAAUCUGCUUUUUAACCUCUAACCACAGAGCACGCGGAUCAGACCUCAUUUCUAGGAGGUGUGGGAGACAGCUUGGAAUAGGGAUGUACUUAAUUGGUUCAAUUCGAGUCGCAUUAUGACAGCCUUGCAAACAAAGUCCAACUGAGCUACUAGUCCUCAGCCCAUCUAACGACACACCCCUUUAUUAGUCAUUUGUGCCCUGUAAGAACCAGCAGGUUCUCCCUUCCCCCCCCCCCCAAAAAAGAGGAAAACCUACCUGGCUGCCCGGAGACCAUUCUUAUCUCAUCACAGUCAACCAGCUGGGUGGUGUGACCAGUUGCUGGUUAUGCAGGAGUCCUGUUCGUUUUUUUUGGGGGGGGGGGGGUUGGUUGUCAAGAAAGAGGGAAGUGUUCAGUGAGUCUCACUUUGGGAGGAGAAGAGGGUUGAGCUGCAUCUUGCCUCCAAAAGCACCACGAAGGGUGUUCCCCGGGCUGGUUGCCUCCCAGUGUGGUGGGCGACAGCAUUCCUCAUCCUCAGCCAGCGACUCCCGAACGGCUGUUGCCCAAAGCAUUUGGAGAGCACCUUGUCUGGAGGAGACCUCCUUAGAAGAGCCGUUAAUCUUGACAUGUUCUUUCUUGCUCUUGCUUGGCGCUCAGCUAGAAGGUGGCCUAUCUCAUUCCUGGCCGUGGUCCCGCAGCAAGCACUGAUUUUUGUAGGUCUCCAUUGUGGGAGUGGGGUGGGGGUGGGGACAGAAUAUAUAUAUUCUGAACCGAAAAAACGAUGGGCCCCGAGGAAGAGCACCUGGCAUUGGAUUCCUACCCUGUAAACUGCAGAACUCCUCACCAAAACGUUCAUGAAACCAUGACACCUCUCACAGUCCCUGCCCUCCCUGUUAUUUUACCCACAAGGCUGAUCCAAGUACAAAUUUGAAUUUCCAAAUUGUCUCUGACUCCUCCUGUUGUCUAUGUGUAUAUGUGUGAGCAUAGAGGUGUGUGUGGAGGGGUGAGUGGCUGCGUGCUUGUGCGUGCGUGCGUGUGUGCAAUUUUAUACGUCUGUAUUUUCUUACGUACUUGUGCACACACAUAAGAGUGCAUCACUGCCACCUUUUUCAAUAAGCUGUUUUAUCAGUUAUGGCUUCUACAGUUUUGCUGAUUUAGACUCCUUUAUUGCCAUAUCUUUAAAACUAACAAUAGAUGAUUUCGGUAUAUAUAUAUUAUUUUUGCUUAUUUAUAGGUGCUGUAUUUUAUUAUCUGAUUAUUAGGAAGGGAUGAAAGGGGGCAAAUAUUCUUUAGAGGGAUAGACUGCCGGCAGUAUUGGGUAUAAUUUACAAGAUGUAGUUGUCAUACUGUAUAUUCUUGACAAAAUCUUUUUUUUAUUUUGUUUUGUUUCUGUUCUGGGGUAUAUUGUGUAUCAUGGAAAACUAUGUCUUAGGUCAACAUCUUUUGAUGACACUUUAACUGUGCAUUCAUUACUUAUGUUCUAAUUAAUAAUUACUUUAUGAUAUGGAGGGGGCUGGAGAGGGCAGAGGUGUUUUGAUUUAAAGGUAUGUUCCCAAUGUUACAGCUCCACAUGCUUGUAUUAAUUGAGAAAUAUUAUUAUUUGGGAGGGACUGUAAUAUGUGAAACCACCUCUGUUGUAUGGUUUUUUGGAAAGGAAAUUGUGUAUUUUACAGUCUCUUUAAUAUGUGACAGCAGCACUUAGUUCAAAUUAUCACUAAUUUAAGAGUUCGGUAGCUUUAAGUAGACAACAAAAAUGCCUUUUCAUGGCCUAGAACAAAGGCUCUAGGAGGCUGGAAGGCAGGCUUUGCUUUUACCAUACCUUGCUGUUAAUAUUUUUGUGAUUCCUGGGAGAUCCAGACGAUAGCCCUAGAGGUGUGCAAACCACUCUUGGCUUACUCAGUCACGAUCUGACGAGGAGUUCUGCAAACAUUUUACCCCUGCUGGUUUGAGAAGCCUGGUAACACAGGAAAUAAAGCUUGGCCCACCGUGUCUAGAGAGCUCAAUCAGCAUUGAUGUGGUAAUACAGCAGGACUCCCUUAUCUGCGGGAGUAAUAUCUGCUGAUUCACUUAUCUGCCGGCUGAAAACCCUAAAUAAAAGCCCCCCAGAAAUACCUAUUUAUAGGUAUUUCCGGGGUGUACUUAACCAGAACUGGCCUCUAGAGGGAGCCAGAGACCACGCAAUGUACAGUGUUGGCUCUUGCUCUUUUUUUCAGCACGGAUGGAUGUUUGUUGUGGUCCUCCUGCACCAUGAGCACCUCCAGGGGUCCUCAAGGGCAUUCUGCGCGGAUUGACCUUCUGUUACAAUACGCACACAAUGGGCAGCACGUGUAACAUAUCCAGGAAAUGUUAAAUGAUUGUGGUAGGAAUGAGGCAAUGAGAAAUCCCCACUUCCUUUACAAAAUAGAAGUUCCCUCCUAAGUUGAGGUUUUCAUUUCUUAGCUGCCCUCGACAAAGCCUGUUCCCUUCUGUCAGAUGAAGUUUUAUGCUUGAUCCAAACAAGUCUUUCUGGAUUACAAACACUUAUGUAAUUUCUUCACAGCAAUAGAUAGAGAUCUCCUGUUCUGUUUUCUUUUACCCAAACAAUUAUUUAGAAUGCUUGGUGCACUUAAAUGUUUAUGACUGUCCUCGUGUCUUAACUGUCUGUGUCCACGGACACCCACCUUCCGUAACUAAUGAACAGUCCUCUGUAAUGUGACUUGGGGUGGGCCCGAGCCUCGUGUUCUGGUUCUGCCGCUCAUCCAGAAAAGCAAUAUUGAAGUGCCUUGAAAAGAAUAAUAAAUCGGGGGGGGGGGAUUUCUACUUGUCUUUCAUAUGCUCUGCUCCCCCAGUUGCAUCUGUG